AUGACCGACAUGGAACAUUCUAUAGAGAUUGACUCUGGAGAUGAAGAAGCCAUCACGACGACAACGACGACUACAACAACAACGACAAAUGAAAACUCCGCGAUAGAUGAGCCCACGGAAAGAAAAUACAGAAUAUGGAAAAAGAACGCGCCGUUUUUAUACGAUUACUUGUCUACAAACUCGCUACUCUGGCCGUCGCUAACAGUUCAGUUCUUCCCCGAUGUAACUCACCAUGUGGCCGCAAACACAGAUGCCGGGAAGCUGGCGAAAAUUGGCGACUCCGACGUCAUCCUGCAACGGCUCUUGCAUGGCACUUUCACCAUGGGACAAUCUGUGGUUGACUCGAUAUCGUUCUUGCAAGUGCCAACAUUCAAAAACUUGAGCAAAUUCAUCUUGAUGGAUAAACUAGAUUACCACCAUGCAAAGGAAGAAUUCGAGUUGAAUCUUCCGCGUUCUGCGCCUAGCCUUUCUGUUAAAGUGUUGCAAAAGAUUAACCAAGUUGGAGAUGUCAAUAAAGUACGGUAUAUGCCUCAAAAACCCAAUGUCAUUGCGAGUGCCAACAACUAUGGAGAUUUGGUGAUUUUCGAAAGGACAAAGCACAAGAGUUUCCAAAAGACGCUUAUCGACGAUACUGAGGUGAAUAAAGUGCAAUUGCGCUUGAGUAAUGCUACGCAACCGAAAAGCGAGAUUUUUGCAAUGGAUUGGAAUAGGAAUAAGGAAGGGUUGCUUCUUUCGGGAGAUGAGGCGGGGGUGGUCAACUUGUAUGAUAUAACGCGGUACAGGAAACUGGAGGAAUCGCUUAAUCAGGACAAAUCAUGGACCAACAAGAGCGGGAUAAACGACCUCGAGUGGUUUCCUACCCAUGACUCGUUAUUUGCAUUUGGAGACGAAAGCGGCAACUUAAAGAUCCAGGACACGAGAAUGCAGCCUAGCUCACCGGCGACAUUAGAGAAACAACUUUGCUUAUGCAUCAACUCAAUCUCGUUAAAUCCCAAUUUUGCCACGGCGUUGGCUACUGGCGAUUCGAAAGGUGGAGUGAGUAUAUGGGAUAUUCGAAAUCUAAGCCAAUCCGUGGCCGAUAUGAAAGAAGCCCAUCUGGACUCAAUCACCCAGUUAAAGUGGCACCCUAAAUACGGCCAGAUUAUCGCAUCCUCGUCAACUGAUCACCUGGUGGGCAUCCAUGACCUAUCGAAUAUCGAAAAGAAUGUUUCGCCAACUAUAUUUCAGCAUUUGGGCCACAUGUUGGGAGUCAAUGAUUUCGACUGGUCGUUUGCUGACGACUGGAUGAUAGCUAGUGUGGCAGACGAUAACUCGCUACAUAUUUGGAAGCCGUCGCAUCAUGUCACAAGCGUUGUUCAUACCUGGUGA